AUGUCGACAGCACAGCUACCACCUCCCUCAAGUACACCUGGUCCACACCCCGAAGGUCCCAGCUCCCGACGAUACAGCGCCGAUGCUACCAUCUUGCUACUUGGUUCUUUUGGAGCCGGCAAGAAAACACUGGGACUCAUUGCCUCCGUUGCUCUUCGUCGACGCUUGAUUGACUUCGAUGCCUUCUUCCGGGACCAGUUUCAGUAUUCGCCUCAAGGGUUUAUUGCGCAACAUGGAUUCAAGCGAUAUCGCGAGGUAGAAAUAGAGUUGUCUCGACAUAUUCUCACAAGAUAUCAAACUGGUUGUGUCAUUGCUGGUCUUGGGUUCGCAGGCAGUCCGGCUCAGCGACAGUUAUUGGGGACCUUUGCACAGCACCAUCCCAUUGUGUAUGUGCGGAGACGCAAAGCAGACCUUCAAAAUUGCAUUGAAAUCAACCCUGAUACAUUUGACCAUAUCUUUGAAAUUGAGAAUGCCUUCUUUGAGUCAUGUUCCAACUUUGAUUUUUUCAACAUCCCGCAAGAGUCAAGUCCACUGGCCGACAAUCAGAUAUACGCACCACUCAAAUUGAAGGAGGUUGAACGUAUCUUUCUUGCCUUUCUACAUCGCAUAUUCGGCACUCCACACAAGCAGCUUUUUUCUGCAGAUCCUCUUUCUGCAACUCAUACAUACGCACUUGAUUUGUGCGUGGAGCAGCUUGAGACGGAUCUAGACACAGAAUGUUUAGAUGCAGGCGCUGAUGCCAUUUAUCUCACAUUGUGCCAUGCGCAAUACAGUUGUGAUAAGAUAUUGGCUGUACUAUCAGGCUAUGUGGCGCUUCUAAGGGAGCACACCCGCAUUCCAAUAAUUAUUGAUGCACAAAUGGAUCCAGAGAAAGACUCGACAGGCUACUUCGAAUUUUUGGAAACGGUAGCACUACGGAUAGCACCUGAUGCUUUCACUUGUGUGCUCCAAAACAAAGAAAUGGUUCGCCGAAUUUACGCCACGAAAGGUCAUUCCAAAAUGAUUGCCCUAUAUCACCAAAAGGGUCCGCUAGGAGUUGAAAUGUCACCCUCCGAAAUCCCUAACCUUCGGAUGUGGCUGGAAGACCCGGGGUUCGAUGCUCUUCGCAUCAUCGGUCAACAUGCAGUUGCAGAAGAUGCACUUACGUGUGUUGCAUUUCGCCAAAUGUUGACACACGCCCUCAAUAUUCCAGUUAUUGCAUACAAUUCCGACCCCGACGAGCGAGCUUCCAUACUCUUGAACCCGACUUUAUCUCCGAUACGGGUCAGACCUGGUCACGACCCUAUACUCUCUUUACGAGACAUGCAGCAUGCGCUAAACUCUUUGUCUCUACGUCCUAAUAAAUUAUUCAAGAUCGUGGGUCAAGAUCUCCGUCAUAGUCUGUCACCAGCAAUGCACAAUGCAGCCUACGCAUCAUGUGGUCUCCCCUAUAUGUAUGACUACAAUGAGGUCCAAAGCUUCCGCGAAAUUGAAGUCAUGUUGAGAGCGCCAUCUUUUGAGGACUUACUUGGUGGUUUGAUCAUUUCCCUGCCAUUCAAAAACGAUGUUUUGCCCUUGCUCGACGAGAUCAGUCCCGAUGCAAGAGACAUCAAUGCAGUAAACACUGUGGUACUGGAGCACAAGGUUCAGCCAAACGGAGUGAGAACUCCAUUUUACCGUGGAUACAACACGGACUACAUCGGAAUCAAAGAUUGCGUUCACAGUCACCUGUCUCCAGCAAACGCCAUUCGAGGUGGCAGUACGGCUCUGAUCAUAGGCGCUGGUGGGAUGGCUCAUGCUGCUGUGUAUGCUUGUUAUCAAUUAGGAGUUCGACAGAUAUUUGUUUACAACAGAACUCUUUCGAACGCACAAAAUCUGGCCCAUUACUAUAAGAAAUGGGCGAGAUCCAAGGGGGACAAUAUCUUUAAUUUGGAAGUCCUUCAGUCAAAGGAGAACCCCUGGCCAUCGGAUUUUCGUCUUCCAACAAUCGUGAUUUCAUGCAUUCCUGGGAGGCAUGUUGGCACUCAGUUGCCUGUCAUCUUUCAAGUCUCUGACUCCUGGCUUGGAAGCCGAACGGGAGGAGUAUUCGUUGAGGUUGGCUACGGUCCAUCAAAGACCUCGUUGAUGGAGCAGAUGACUCCGUGGUCAAUGAAAGGGUGGGUCAUUGUCGAUGGAUUGAAGGUUCUUGUCAAACAGGGCAUUACUCAAUACGAGCUCUUUACCCAGAGGCCAGCUCCUGUGCACGUCAUGCGACGAGCUGUUCAAGAAGAGGCUAUCAAAAAAGGGUAUUUCUAUAUGAGUUGA